CGAGGACCACCAAACCAAUGAUAUGAUGUUCGCUGUCCCGGACGAGAAAAUCUCCGUGGCCAUGGCCAUGUCCAUGGAUCCCGCAUCGCAUUCGCUACACUCUCCGUGACCAUGGUCAUGGCGCCAUCUCCAAUGGCGUCGUCCUCUUCUUCUUUGAAGCUGAUCGCCAUUGCCGUUCUUCUCGUCUCCUAUCCUCUCUCCCUUCUCGUCUUCCCGCCUUCCUCCUCCUCCGUUCACAGAUCCAAAUCCAAACCCUCUUCCCCUUCUCGUCGCCGCCUCCAAUCUCCGCCCUCCUCGUCAUCGCCGUCGUUUUCUUGUUCUUCGGCGCUCGAAGUUCCCUCGGAACGACGGUGCGACUUCUCCCUCGCUCGAUGCAGCGGCGGCGAGGGCGGUGGAGGCCUCAUCAACUACGCUGCUAUCCACUUCUGCCUCCUCUCCGGAAGCCACCGACUCUCCCUCCCAGCCCUAAUCUUAAUCCUCCUAUUCCACUUUUAUGUCCUUGUCUCUGCUGCCAGAGACCACUUCACCCCUGUCGUCACCCGCCUCGCCGCCCACCUCCGCCUCUCCCCUAGCAUGGCCGCCGUCACUCUCCUUGCCCUCGGCAACGGUUCCCCCGAUCUCUUCGCCUCCGUCGCUGCACUCCGCGGCGGCCACCCCCGCAUCGGCCUCGCCGCCAUUCUCUCCGCAGGCGCCUUCGUCUCCUCGUUCGUCGUCGGGGCUGUGGCUAUCCUGGCUGCGCCGUUCCCGCUCGACCCGGGCCCCUUCGUGCGCGAUGUCUUUUUCUACAUCCUCGCCGCCUCGGCGCUUUUCUAUGUCUACUUAAGCGCCGAGAUCUUCCUCUGGCAGGCCGUCGGAUUCAUCCUCUUCUAUCUCUUUUUCGUCGGGUUCGUUUUCUGGAUGGAUCUGGGGGCUGACGAAAGUAAGGAGAAGGAGGUGGAACGAGAGACUGCUCCGGCAGCGCAAGGCGAAGAUGGUGAGACUAGGAAGAAGAAGGCCUUAUAUUUGGAUACAACAGACAUGGAGUCUGGACAGGCCACGAUAAACAUCGAGGAAAUAGAAUUUGGGUGGAGUCCUCGUCGGGUGCUUGGAAAGACAGGUAAUGCAAAUAUGGGAAGUUCCAGUAUCGACUAUUCUGAAGCUCACAAUCCCAUCACCUUCCAGGUGGAGCAGAUUUUACAUUUCAGCUAACAUAGGCUUGUGCCCCCUCAUUCUUCUACACUCCUUGGAUUCCUUCAUUGCUCUGGACAAACAAAUAGUAUUCUUCAUCCCUCAAAUGCAAUUCCCAUUAUGGUUUGUUGUCCUCCUUGUGAGCUUUUCUCUAGCUCUAGUUCACUUCAUUUUCGAGAGGGAGCCUACCGAAACAGAAUGGCUUCCUGGGACCUUGGUCGCCUUCAUGAUGAGCGUGUUUUGGAUAUCAACCACUGCAGGGGAACUACUGAAUUGUUUGGAAACCAUAGGAAUCAUAAUGAAAUUGCCACCUGCAAUUCUCGGGUUGACGGUAUUGGCCUGGGGAAACUCAGUCGGUGACCUUGUUGCUGAUGUGGCCCUCGCCAAGGCUGGUCAGCCAGCAAUGGCACUGGCGGGCUGCUUUGCCGGUCCCAUGUUCAACAUGCUGGUUGGGUUGGGCACUGCAAUGGUGAUUCAGACAGCAAGUGUGUAUCCUGGGGCUUACGAGCUCCGCUUCCACGUGAGCAUUGUGACCGCCUUUGUGUUUCUUCUUCUGAGCUUGAUGGGAUCCCUUCUAGUGGUGACAUGGUUCAGGUUUAGGGUACCAAAGUUCUGGGGCUUUUGGCUUGUGGGGAUUUACCUUCUCUUCACUGCGGUGAGCUUAGUGAUUGCUGGUAUUCCAGGAUGAAUUCAGUGUUUGACAUGAAAAGUUACACCUACUAUCACUUUCAAUUAUUGGCGGAUACAAUAUAUUACUGUAAUCCGCAAAGCAUUGGCGCGAUAAUUAUACCGUUUGAUCAUAUGUUCUGGCAUCAGAACUUUACAAAACCCAACUUCAGUGUCAUGGGAUUCUUCAAGUGCUUGCCUUCUCCAUCAGCAGGCACCAGAGGCGCUUGUUACAAUGUUCUCCAGCGCUCUUGUUAGAUCUAAUUUUUGUUUAACUUCUUUUUGAUAUAUUUCUUGAGGGCAGUUUCUAAGCAUAAUUAUGGUUACAUUUUAUUUUUAGAAAUAGUAUUUAAAGUCUUAAUUAUCUAAUCAUAACGGUGCCUGAAAUUAAAGUCUUA